GCCAGCUGCACUAACUGACGCUCAAGAGCACGCUCUGCCGCUGUGACCCCUCAUCAAGGGCAGCCUUGCAGAAGAACGAUGCCGUUGUCUUUGAAAACCGAGAUUACGUCUAAAGUGAGCGCCAGGUUUUACAUCGAGCGCUGAAUUUCCAGCCGCGGGGUGGUAGAGCUACCCGUGGUGAGCUAUUGCUACCCGUUUCAGAACGGCGCCAGUGUAUUAUAUCAAGACUUUUUAAAGAUUUUGACUCACAGUUUUAGAUGUUAAAUUACUUUAAAUGUAGGAGUAACUGAAGGGGUCAAGUAGAAAUUGUUGUCUUCUCACUUCAUAAUUGGCAUGGUGUAUAAUUUGUUAUCCUACUGGAAGCAUACUAAAGAAUCAAUUUGCUUUUGCUAAAGGAUAAUCGGAGGCAUACGUGGCAGCUCGAUCGACAUGCAUGAUAGACAACGAACUACAUUGUGGAGUAAGGAUGAAACUUUAGUUGGAUGUAGUAGAGAGGACAAAGAGAAGAUUAGAACAUAGAAAUCAACAAUUUUCGAAAAGCGCGCGAUUUAUCACUACUCAUCGAACGAUGUACCUUUCCCAUCGUCAUCGCAAAAGCUAUAAUUGUAGAAGUGAUCAUCAGAAGCUAACCAACACUCCGAGAAGAACCUCUUAAAAAGAACUAUCACCAAGUAGCACGAGAUGAAAGCCUGCGGCAAGAUGAAAAACUUGACCACACACCUUCUCCACGGUUUGCAUUUUGUAUUGGAAAAAACUCAUGUUGCUUCUACCUGCCGCUCAGCGUCCUUGUGUGAAACCUGAAUCAACAUUUUCGGCAUGACCGGAC